ACGCGUCUCCGCUCUCUCUCUCUACCUUCUCGCCUCUCCCAGUGCUGCCAUCUCCAACAGUGCUGCCACCCGCACCCAUACCCCUGGUGUAACAUUAUACUCGUAUUACACAGUAGCUGUAUAUAUCCAUCGUUAACUUUGAAAUGACUACACGUAGUGCACCAUCAGUUUGGCUCCUUGGACAUUCUGAGGAAGAGAUAACUGGGUCCCAACUCCCAUCAAACAGCCGAGUCUUUCGUCACUUCUUUUAUCAUCACCUCAACGUGAAGUGCACAAAGUCCGAGAGCGUGAAUGCGGUUGUGGAAGCAGUUUUUUCGUUCUGGACGGAGGCCCAAAUCCCUACAACAACACUGUUUUACACUAAAAAGAAGCUUAAAGACCUCGUUACGAAGUACGAAGGUCUCAAGAAGAAUUGUCAGUGUAAUUCAGAGAUGCAACGCAUGAAGGAACAAAUGUUUUGUGAUGACUUAGAUGAACUCUUCGAUGUUGCUCACAAAGAUGCGCUGAUUAUGAUGAAAAAUGAAGAAGAAAGAGACUUCUUGUUGAGCCAACAUGGGGAUCAUUCCCAGUCAAGCAUGGCAGGAGUUGACAUGGAUCAUUCGAAGUCUCUUGAGAAGAAAAAGAAAAGAAAUGAAGAACAUGAACGAAAGAAGAAAUCUGAGGCAGAAAAACGAGCAACCUUUAAAGCCAUUAGCUCAUUGACACUAGAUGCUUCCAGUUCGUCUUCAGGGUCCUCUACAGAUGAGUCCUUUCGAAUUCACAACCCUCCCAAAAGAAUGAAGUCGAAUGCACUGUCUGCAAGUCCAUCAAUUACCAAGAACGUCUUCUUGAAACCUGAGGUCACGGCGGCUCUGGAUCGUACUGGGGUGUCUCACAGGAAGGCGAUGCACCAGCUGGGGGCUCAAGCAAAGUCUACUGGCAUUGACUUAGAACAAAUCACUUUGUCUCUGAGUACAACUUACCGGUACCGGAAGAACUGUAAAGAAGCAGCGACCGGCAUCAAGGUUGACAUAACGACAAGUCUUCCACAUGAAUUCUUCCACCUCUCAUUCUACAUUGGUAUGGAAAGCUAUUGCUUGACAUAACUGUAGCAAGCUCUGGUCGGGAGAAAGCUGAGAGAAUUGCAAUUCUUGCCUUAGGAGGAGAUGGUGUUGAGUUCCUCCUUGGUGUUCCCAAAAUUAGAUCCAGUUCGGGAACAGAUCAAGCCAAUGCAUGUCUGUCUGCUAUCAACGAUUGGGGCCUGUCACAGCAAAUCAAGGCUCUUGUGUUUGACACAACCGCCUCAAACACAGGUUUGAAACAAGGUGCCUGUAUCAAAAUUCAAGAGCAAUCACAAAGGGAGCUUGUUUGGUUGGCCUGUCAGCAUCACAUGUGAUCUUGCUGAUGUGUUCCGUUCUGCCUAAGGUCCUUCCGGACCAAGUAUCCCACUCUUUUUAUGUUUUAAAGAUCAGUGGAGAAAUCUCGACAUAAGAAACUUCAAGGCAGGAGAGGACGAUAAAGAAAUCUGAACAAAUUUCAUGGGUGAUUGGUCCAUACCUCAUGAGGAAGCGAUGUGACGUCUUAAGGUUGCCCUGAGGUUAAUUGCAACAAGAGAUGAUUAUCAAGAACUUAUUACUCUUGCCUACAUCUUCCUUAGAGGUGUUUCACCAAGUGGAGUUUCCUUUCGUGCCCCCUGUGCUUUCCAUCAUGCGAGAUGGGUGGGGAAAGGUUUAUAUUGUAUCAAAAUCUCUUCCAAGGAUUCUCCAAACCAAAAUUCUCUUCCAGGAUCAGUUUUCUCUGACGGAGUGUGAACUGAAAGCACUCCGAGAUGUUUCCCUCUUCACCACCCUGUGCUAUGUGCCAUUUUGAAAUGAGUCUCCAGUCUGUCCCUAUGCUGCCAAGAACGAUAUGGAUAUGAUGAUUCUCGUGCAACAGGGAAUCCCAAAUAAAAAAGUUGCCAAGGUUGCCUUCACAGCUUUCAAACGUCAUCUUUGGUACAUUUCGGAGGAGGCUGUGGGACUUUCCAUGUUCGACGAUCGAAUUUCAACUGAUGAAAAGCAGAAAAUGGUGGACAAUAUGUUUUGUCCUGAGAAACCAAAAGGAUUGAAGAGGGUCGAUGGAAAAUCUUUUUUGCCACUGACUUCCCUCUCAGAAUUUUUACAAUGAAGACAUAAAAGGAUAUUUCCAGCGAUUCUGUCAGAAGAACCUGAAUUCCUUUCGAAGAAUCACUCUUCUUGGGAACACGAUGAUUCGUAUCGUCACUUCAAUAAAGCAGCACGUGAGCUGAAGGUUGUGAAUGACUGUGCUGAGCGGGCCAUUUCUCUUAUCCAACAAUUUAUCACGGUUAUUACCAAAGAUGAAGUUCAGCGACAGUUUCUUUUGAGAGUUGUACAAGAGCACCGGAAGGAAAUUCCACUCCCCCAAAAAUCAGCUUUAAAAUGAUGAUGAUUUAUUGCCUUUGUUUAAAGAGUCUUAUUUCAUUAGUUUAAUUUUGGUAGUGCUUAGUUUUAAUGGUUUUUAUAUGUAUGCAUCUCUUUUGCCAAUAUAUUUUGCAUCUAUC